AUGGCAGUCGUCGAGAACUGGAUGCCUCCCACGCGAGAGAAUUGGGAACUGGUGCAUUUCUACUUCAAACUCUUCCCACUGGUUACGGUUUUUCAAUGGAUCCAGCCUUGGUACGGAGCUGGAAAGACAUCCAGCGUCAGUCGACUCAACCUACCUGGAAAAAUCGCCUGGAUGACUAUGGAGACCCCAGGAAUGCUCACACUGCUCUACAUUAUGUAUACCUUGCCAGAAAAAAUCGGGCUCGCUGAGCUGCCCUGGGAGAACAAAGUAAUGGCUGGAUUAUAUACCGUCCACUACCUGUACCGUGCCAUUCUUUGCCCCAUUCUUGCGCCCUCUAUGUCCCCCAUCCACCUUUUUAUCUGGCUCGCCGGCCUCAGCUUCCAAAUCACCAAUGGCCUCUGCAUUGGUUCCUGGCUUGGAGGUUACGGCCCAACAUCCCGUCUCGACUGGACCAACAACGGUCAGAACUUUAUAUCCGGAGCCCGCAUUGAACUAGGCAUGAUGAUCUGGGCUUUCGGGCUGAUGGGAAACAUGUUCCACGACGACGACCUUCGCGAGAUCCGGCGAGCAGCUAUGCGGAACCAGAAGCAACAAGCAAAGGAGGCCGAGGAGAGCACCGGCAAAGGCAAGGCGGCAAAGAAAGGCGUCGACAAGGUAUACAUGAUCCCGAUCAAUGGACUAUUUCGUUGGAUCUUCUACCCGCAUUACCUGUUUGAGUGGAUCGAAUGGGCUGGUUUCUGGAUCGUCGGUGGCUGGCAUUGCGUGCCUGCUAGGACCUUCCUGCUGAACGAGAUUGCAACGAUGGUGCCGAGAGCAGUACAGGGAAAGAAUUGGUACGUAGAGCGGUUCGGCAAGGAGGGAACCGCUGGCAGGAAGGCGAUCAUACCCGGCAUCUUGUAA